AUGAAGCACGAACAUGAGAGCCACAUCUCUUGGCGGCGGCUUCAAGAGGCCCACAAAUACAAUGGAGCAUCUGGCUACAAGGAGGCCUAUAUGGAUGGAGUGGCGGAAUACAACAGCUAUGGUUUUGUCGGAGUCUGCAGCAAAUCAUGGUCUCUUCUUGAACGUCGAGCAUGUGUCACCAGACUCACCCCGGAGCAGUGGGUAUCCCAGAUUGACUUGAUUUGUGUUCAAGUCUACAUCUUUGACCACAUGGUUAUUGCCAAGAACAAUGAUGGACAGAAUGAAUUCCCGCUGGACAUACUCCAAAAAGUCGAGCUGGGGAUCUUGGAAGGGGACUUUGCCGAAGAAGCCAUGGACUUGCUCACGACGAAAGAUCGAAACUUCAAACCUGCUGAUUCCACCAUGUGGAAGGACAAUGCCUCUACACCUCAGGAAUCGGAAGCAGAUCCUUCUCACGAAGUUCCUUUGGACGCAGCUGACAACAAGCUAGACGCCUUGAGCAAGGACGCAAAGCAGAAGGCAUGGCAACACGACAGCUUGUCAUUGGCAAGAGAUGUGGCUGCAAUUGCCAAAAUGAUGCAGCAGGUUCAGAAAACCGAAAAAGCCGAACGACUUCGCCGCAUAACCCAUGUUCGAAGCGAGAAUGUCAUCGGUGCAUCCAUCAUUUCCAACCACAUGGAGAAGCAUGCAAAGCAUUUGGGUGGAAGUGAAGCUGACUUGACCCAUGCAGUGGAACAGUUUGUGGCUGCACGCAAAGCAACAGCUGGUGCGCUCGUGGUUUGGGCCGAUUUGACCAAGUUUGGUCGCCUGGGUGUGAGCGACUUGAACUUUGUUGUCAGCAUUAUCCACAAAGCUUUGUCCAAAGUCCCGACCAAGGGUGUUGCAAUCUUGAUUGCGCCGCACCUAGUGUCAGAGAAGGUAUCUGGUGGGCAGCGAGGAGACGUUAGGCGAAUAGAGGACAAACUCGAUUCUCGACAAUUGUUGAACCAGCUCAUCACGAUCAGAAUGGAGUGUCCACCAGCCAGCAAGAAG